UUGGUGCUCAGCCCUCCUUGGUGACAUCAUCAGAGUGCGCCCGGCUUUUGUGCGCUUUGGCGGCUCCACCCGCGACUGUCUCCGUCAGCGGGAGGGAUGGAGAGCGGCGGCGAACAGGAGGACCAGCAGCAACAACAGAAGAAGAAAAUGAGCUCGGAGCGGAGGAGAGCCGAGCUCCGCCGGAGGAAGUUGCUGCUGAACUCGGAGGAGCGGCUGAACCGGAUCAUGGGUUUCAGUAAGAGCGGGCCGGGCCCGGAGGAGAACAGAAUAGAUUCUCUUCCACCCUAUGAACUGGAGAAAACAGAGUCAUUGCAAAAUUCUAGCCUUCCCAAAAGAACCCCAGGAAUUACAAAUGAAACUGCUGAUGGUUCAGUGACAUCCAUCCAUUACACUAAUGGGAAAGAGCUUCAACAGCCAUAUUCUGUAGACACAAGAGACUCUCUUAGCAAAAUUAAUGAGGCUGAUAAUAGUUUAGGGCAAGGAAGUCGGCACCUAGGUAAAGCUGAUGUGCCGGUAGAGCAGGCCCAGCGUGCUCCACGUCGUGGUAUUGAGCAGUAUAUAUCACGAUUUGACGAAGCAAUGAAACUCAGAAACCAACUGAUGAGUGAGAAGACCAGCCACGAAAAUGGAGGCGGGGGUGAAGAGUUCGGUACAUUCCGUGUUUUCCGAUUAGUGGGGAGUGCUCUGCUAGCCUUAAUGGUUCGAGUCUUUAUAUGCAAAUAUUUGGCCAUUUUUGCUCCAUUUCUUACUCUUCAACUUGCAUAUAUGGGGUUAUCAAAGUACUUUCCAAAGAGUGAAAAGAAGGUAAAGACGACAGUGCUGACUGCUGCCCUGCUUCUGUCAGGAAUCCCUGCUGAGGUCAUCAAUCGCUCUAUGGAUACGUAUGGAAAAAUGGGAGAUGUGUUUGCAGACCUGUGUGUUUAUUUUUUCACCUUUAUAUUUUCUCAUGAAGUAAUUGUUUUUAUUGGUGUUGAUUUGCCUUGAUGUCAUUGGGGCAUGGGAAGGAGAAGGAAUCAAGACAAGUUCUGUUUAAUCUAACUUUGCCACUUCCAGUAUGUCAUUCAUCAGUCUUAACGGGCACUGGAUGUUUCAGGAAGUUGCAGCCUAUCAAACCCUUUUCUGAAUUACUGUAUUCAGAAAUAUCCGAAACACAAAAUUGAACAGAUAAAACUAAAUUGUUAUAAGCUUAGGAAAACAGCAUAUGGAGAUUUCAGUUCCAUGUAUGUGUUAUUUAUGAACCAAGUAUGUCAAGAAAUAUUUUUCCUUUUUAACUUAAGGUUUUGACAUCAAAUGUUACUUUGGUACAGCUUUUGAAGGCUGAGUUGAAAAUGUAUAAAACUUCCAUGUCUGCACUUACAUCUGCAUAUACAUCUCAGCUUAUAAACAAUCUGUAGUGCAACAAAAAUGCACAGAUAUUUAUUUUGAAAAGUUAACAUUACUGUGAAUAUUAUCAUUGCCUGUUUGACACCUGCAUUGGUUUGAUACCAUGCUUUACUAGGAAGAUCCCACUGUCCAGUGUGUUUCUUAUUUGACUUUAAUUGUAACAUAUAUUAAGUUAAUUUACCUGUGUUUUAUAUUUAUAUUGUAUUAGAUCACCUUAUUUGUAGUAACUUGUUGGAUACUAUGCAUUUCCUGUAAGUUGUUGAGAGCAAGAGCAAACAUUUUCAUUGUGCAGUUUACGAUUCAUUAAAAACUAAAUGCAUAACA